GCCUUUGGGCAUCGAUUUUAUUUUGGUCAAUCCAGCAGAGGAAGAUGCCGGCGUCAUGAUCGGUGAUAUUUUGGAGGGAAGCAACGCCGACAAGACCGAGAAGCUUGCGAUCGGGGACGUCCUCGUUUCGGUGGACAAGACCAGGGUUUUCGGCAAAGGGUUGGACGAGGGCCUCCAGCCGAUAGUCGAUGCCGAGGGUGAGAUGGAGGUGGUGUUCUUCCGACAAGAAUUCUGA